AUGGAGUCCAAGGUAAUUCAUACAACGGAGUACAAUCCAACGGCUGAAGAAGACCAAGAUCAAUCCAUCAUCAGAAGAAUCCAACGGCUCACCUUGCAUCUCAACCCAACGCUACCCAGUCGUCAGCUUGACCACCUUCAGUUGCUAACGUGCUCGGCGCGUGCGAAGAUUAGCGUGAACGCCCAACAGCUCUCGGACUACAUGAGAGGGAAACAUAGGGACAUACAAGAAAGAGUGUUCGAGUACUUCAAUUCGAGGCCUGAUCUUCAAACCCCAAUUGAGAUAAGUAAAGAUGAGCACAGAGAGCUCUGUCUGAGGCAGCUUUUGGGUUUGGUGAGAGAGGCCGGGAUUAGACCUUUUAGGUAUGUGGUUGAAGACCCAGAAAAGUACUUUGCAAUUGCCGAAGCUGUUGGGAGUGUUGAUAUGUCGUUGGGGAUCAAGAUGGGUGUGCAAUACAGUCUUUGGGGAGGCUCUGUGCUCAACUUGGGAACUAAAAAACAUAGGGAUAAGUACUUUGAUGGUAUUGAAAAUAUGGAGUAUCUGGGUUGUUUUGCUAUGACAGAACUCCAUCAUGGCUCAAAUGUUCAGGGCCUGCAGACUGUUGCUACAUUUGAUCCACUUACAGAUGAAUUCGUCAUCAAUACACCCAAUGAUGGUGCUAUUAAAUGGUGGAUUGGCAAUGCUGCAGUGCACGGCAAGUUUGCUACAGUUUUUGCCAAGUUGAUGUUACCAACUCAUGAUCCAAAAGGUGAUUCUGAUAUGGGCGUUCAUGCCUUCAUUGUUCCAAUAAGGGACUUGAGAACUCACAAAACACUUCCAGGGAUUGAAAUACAAGACUGUGGUCACAAAGUUGGCCUAAAUGGAGUGGAUAAUGGAGCAUUGAGAUUCCGCUCUGUAAGAAUUCCGCGUGAUAACCUUCUUAAUCGAUUUGGAGAUGUCUCACGCGAGGGGAUAUAUACAAGCAGCCUUCCAUCUAUAAACAAGCGUUUUGCUGCCACCCUAGGGGAACUUGUAGGAGGAAGGGUUGUCCUUGCACAUUCUUCAGUUGGUGUCCUCAAGAUUGCUGUCACUAUUGCUACAAGAUAUUCUCUACUCCGCCAGCAAUUUGGUCCUCCCAAGCAGCCUGAGAUCAGUAUCCUUGAUUACCAGUCUCAUCAGCACAAGCUCAUGCCUAUGCUGGCAUCAGUUUAUGCAUUCCAUUUUGCUACACUGAAUUUGGUGGAGAAAUAUUCUGAGAUGAAGAAGUGUCACGAUGAACAAUUGAUGGGGGAUGUACAUGCACUGUCUGCUGGGCUCAAGGCUUACGUGACUUCUUAUACCGCAAAGUCAUUGAGCAUUUGCAGGGAAUCUUGUGGAGGACAUGGUUAUGCUGCUGUCAAUCGGUUUGGCAGUUUGAGGAAUGAUCAUGACAUCUUUCAGACAUUUGAAGGGGACAACACUGUGCUUCUACAGCAGGUUGCAGCGGACCUCCUGAAGCAGUACAAGGAGAAGUUUCAAGGUGGGACACUUGCUGUCACAUGGAACUACUUGAGGGAAUCCAUGAAUACUUACCUCUCUCAGCCAAACCCAGUAACUGCUAGGUGGGAAGGUGAAGACCAUUUGCGAAAUCCUAAAUUCCAGUUGGAUGCCUUCAGGUAUCGUACUUCUAGAUUGCUUCAAAGUGUUGUCAUUCGUCUGCGGAAGCACUCAAAGACACUUGGGAGUUUUGGUGCUUGGAAUAGGUGUUUAAAUCACCUUUUGACGCUCGCAGAGUCCCACAUUGAGUCUGUCAUUCUCGCAAAAUUCAUUGAUGCCGUACGGAGUUGCCCUGAUGCAAGUUCUCGAGCUGCUCUGAAACUUGUCUGUGAUCUUUAUGCUUUGGAUCGAAUCUGGAAUGACAUAGGAACCUAUCGCAAUGUGGACUAUGUGGCCCCUAACAAAGCUAAGGCAAUUCACAAGUUGACAGAAUACCUGAGUUUUCAGGUGAGGAAUAUUGCCAGGGAAUUAGUAGAUGCUUUUGAUCUUCCGGAUUAUGUAACCCGGGCUCCAAUUGGAAUGCAGUCUCCUGCAGAAGCUUACACACACUACACCCAUUAUGUUGGAUUCUAGUUCCGACCUAGUUGUAAAUGUAACAAAUUUGUUGGUUUAUUCAUACUACAUCCACUAUGUUGGAUUCUAAUUCCAAAGAAAUCACAGAAUAGCCUCAGAUGUAAUUGUAACAAGAAUUGUUGGCAAGGGGUGG